GACACAAACUCAUGCCCUCAUGCACCUGACAAAUAUGUUCUCCCUGGUGGGAUGGACAAUGAGAACUGCAAGGCUAAUGAGAAAGAAAGGGAGUGGAUCCGCCCUGAUACACCUAGCAAAUGCACAUGGAAGCUUGGGAAACCCCUUUCUGCCUCCCCCCAUCAUCAUACCACUCUGCCAGAGCCUCUGAAGAUCAUGCCAAGCAUCCUGAAUAAAGUUGGCAACACACCCAUGGUGCGGAUCAACAAGAUUGGGAAGCAGUACGGGCUCAAGUGUGAACUCUUGGCAAAAUGUGAGUUCUUCAAUGCUGGGGGCAGUGUGAAGGACCGCAUCAGCCUGAGGAUGGUAGAGGAUGCUGAAAGAGAUGGGAUCUUGAAGCCCGGGGACACCAUCAUAGAGCCAACCUCUGGAAACACAGGAAUUGGGCUGGCCUUGGCUGCAGCAGUGAAGGGUUACCGCUGUAUAAUUGUGAUGCCGGAGAAAAUGAGUAUGGAGAAGGUGGAUGUCCUGAGAGCUCUGGGUGCUGAGAUUGUGAGGACCCCCACUACUGCCAGAUUUGAUUCUCCCGAAUCUCACGUGGGAGUAGCGUGGAGACUGAAGAAUGAAAUCCCCAAUGCACAUAUACUAGACCAGUACCGUAAUGCCAGCAACCCCCUGACACACUAUGACACUACAGCUGAAGAGAUCCUGCAGCAAUGUGAAGGAAAAAUAGAUAUGCUGGUGGCUACGGCUGGCACAGGAGGUACUAUCACUGGCAUCUCCAGAAAGCUAAAGGAGAAGUGUCCAGGUUGCAAAAUUAUAGGUGUUGAUCCUGAAGGCUCCAUCCUUGCUACACCAGAAGAGCUGAACAAGACUGACAAGACGAUGUAUGAAGUGGAAGGAAUCGGAUACGAUUUUGUCCCCACAGUGUUGGAUAGAUCUGUAAUGGACCAGUGGUACAAGAGCAAUGAUGAGGAGUCGUUUGCUUCAGCACGCAUGCUGAUCCGAGAGGAAGGACUGCUGUGUGGUGGCAGCUCAGGAAGUGCCAUGUCUGUAGCCGUGAAGGCUGCCAAAGAGCUGAAGGAAGGUCAGCGCUGUGUUGUUAUCCUCCCUGACUCUAUCAGGAACUACAUGUCCAAGUUCUUGAGUGACAAAUGGAUGAUUCAGAAAGGGUUCAUGAAAGAAGAAGAUGACCUUGUCAACAAACCUUGGUGGUGGAACAUCAGUGUUCGGGAGCUAAGCCUCUCUGCUCCCCUGACUGUGCUUCCAACUGUUACCUGUGCAAAGACUGUUGAAAUUCUCCGGGAGAAGGGAUUCGACCAGGUACCAGUUGUUGAUGAAUCUGG